GCUAGGACCUGACCAGAACCGUUAACGAUCGCCAAUGGAAUCCCUCAACCUCAACAACCUCGCCAGCUCGCUGCCCCCACCCAACCUCGCAAAGGCAGAGAAGGACCUCACGGACAAUUUUAAGGCGGCUGCGCUCAGCCUCACGACUCUCUACCGCUGCUCGAAGCGCACAUCCAAACGGGCAUACAAUGCAGGCUACGCAGCAGCAUGUCAAGAUCUGCUCGUCAUGAUCCAGCAGGGGGUCUCCGCCGGUGAGUCGAGCGACUCGGACGGCCAGGGCAUGACCAUCGGGCGCAUCAUGGACUACGUCGAGGCGCGGCUCGAGGCGAUCAGGUCGCGCGAAGAAGAGGAGGACGAAGACGAGGAGAAGGAUCGAGACAGGGAGCGGUCGAAGCCCGGGACGAGCACCGCUGCGCCCGCGAAGCCGGCGCCCCCCGCCGCGGCUACGAAGCCCCCUGCUGUGUCCGCACCGACGCCCGCGCCGACACCGAGCGCCGUCUCAGCAAAGUCCAAGGACCACGUCGCCCUCGCUCCACCAACACCGUACACCCCAUCUACUCUCUCCGCCAACUCCAUCGCGGCCUCCUCGCCCUCCCCGCUCGGGCGCACCGCAAAGUCCCGCCUGUACGCACUCGCCAACGCCAAGGAUCCAUCCAUCCUCUCCGCCACCCCCGCGCCGUUCGGCUUCGACACGCCCAACACCGCCGUGUUCUCCCCGCCGACCGGCGCAUUCGACCUCAGCCCCUCGCCCGCAGACGCGCCCGUCGGCUCGAAGCGGCGGCACAACAUGAUGCUGCUCGACGCGCCCGUGCAGGCCGCCGUGGAGAGCGGGCCGUCGACGCGGCGGCGGACGCGGAGUGCGCGGGGGGCCGCGCUCGCGGCGGUCAACGCGCAGGCGCACCAGCAGGGCCUGCACAUCCAGGACCACAACGUGGGCGCGGACGCGAUGGACGUCGAGGAGGAGGGCCGGGAGCGGAAGCGCGUCGCGCGACGAUAGUCGGCUCGGCGGUCCCCCCGCCUCUCGUUCCCCUCCCUUUCUCUCUAGGUAAUCCCGUGCUAUGCGGUGCAGACGGACACGCGGACACGAGCGCGCGGGUGGCGCAGUGGGGUGGCGGGUGCACAGGCGUGUAUGUUAUCAUUAUGGCAGACCGAGACGACCGCGACGACUACGACCCCAUGCGCGUGUAAUCCAUAUGUUAUUAGUUUCAUCCUUCCCUCCUUCCCCCAGUCCCUCUCCACCCAUUGACCAUUGACCCUCGGUUGACUUACAUUGUAGGCUUGUACGUAGGCACAGCAGCAUACCAGCAGCAUCAUACAUACGCAUCCCUGUAUUCACAGUCGUUCCCUUCGCAUGAACAUAUCGGCCAUGUUUCUCUUUACCGGCACCGUGAAGAGAUCAAGUAUUUUCGUGAGUAGGUCCUAGGAGGAAAAACCCUC